UAUUAGUCUGGUUAAGGCCGUAGUUAGAUGGGCAUUGGUCUUGGUAGUUUGGUAUACCUGUUUGGUAUUUUGAGAUGUUUGGGGGCUUGUUAUUAUGAAAGAGGUUUUUUGACUGAUAACAUCAAAGACCGUCACCCAUUUGCUUUUGUUCCAUUCUCAGCUGGUAGUCGAAAUUGUAUUGGACAACGUUUCGCCUUAUUAGAAGAAAAAACUGUGCUUGGUUGGAUUCUGAGAAAUUUUCAUGUCAAAAGUCUUUUACGUCGUGAUCAAUUGCGAACGAAAGCUGAACUUAUACUUAGGCAAGCAAAACCUGUUAAAAUGUUAUUGACACCUAGGACGAAGAAAGAAACUAACAACAAUUAA